AUGUAUCUGGUGAAGAAUGGCAGAAAACCGCCACCUGAGCUCCAUGCUGGACUGGGAAUACACCAUUCUACGGCAUCAGCUUCAGGCACAGUUACGGGACAAGUGGUGGUUGAUCGAGGCGCCACCUCCCUGGAGCCUCCAGUCGGGCCUGCCCUAAUGCGUCCCGGGUCUGAACUAAGAAAUGUGUUGUCAAAAGACGAGUGCCGUAAGAUUAUACAUGCGGAGCUAAAGGCUCUAAAGACUGACACAAGUCUAUGUGGCUCGGUGUUUGAUCUUAUCGACCAUUGCUCUGUCUUGUUGGAGGAAUUGCAGCAGACCCCGAGCCGAUCGGCGAGGCUCAAGACGUAUAUCCGGGCGUAUCUAAUCUAUAACUACUCGAUCAACUCGUUUAUCAUGCUACAUUUUGGCGGCUUCGACUUCUUUGUUAAGAAACACUACAGCGACUUUAUCAUAUACCUCAACUUGUACAACUUUUUCCGAACAGACGGUAUCUUUGACGCUAACAAGUUCGACGUAAAGCUUGCGGAUUUGCGGAGAUAUAUGGAUGAGUACCUUGUGGAGAAGGAACUCUUGACUUUUAAGAUUGACCACUUGUACGGAUGGCUAGAUGACUAUAUCGAGUAUCUUAAGCACAAGGAUGCAGACGAAGAAGGCGGUGACGAAGAAGAGGAUGAAUACAAUGAGCAAGAGCAGCAUGAUCAAACUAUCACAUCAUCGACUGUUUCAAGACCAUACUAUCAAACUGAAUCCGCAAAUCAGUUCGAUUUGGCCGGUAUAGUCAAAAAUGGUGAGACUACGUCAUCUGUUGAUAAAGAAAUCUCUGAUUUCACUCAUCGGUUCCCGGAAGUGUCCAGUGAUCAAUACCCUCAGUCUAGCGCUCCAUAUCCGGUAUCAUCUUCUGCGCUGCAGCUACCAGAACCAUCUUUCCAUAAUGAUCAUCAUCCAAAGCGUCAUACAAGAAACAGCUACAUGACUCAACCUUCGUUACCGACGUCAUCGCAACCGGUGCCGAACUCUCACUCAGCUGAGGUACUGACGCCACCAAAGCGUAUUACUCAUCCAUCUUCAAGACAGAAUCAAGUUAGCUCAGCCUCUUCUUAUAUUGCUGCCAAUUCGAACAAUCCUUCACUUGUUUAUGGCAAUAAUGGAAAUGGCUUUUACCAAGCAAAUAUGUCUUACGACCUCAUUCUGCAACCACAUCAACGUUGGAACUCGCAGCCGCAGUAUAAAGCUUCAUAUAUGAACGGAACUCAUAGCAUGCAACAGUACAUGCAACAAUCUCAUCCAUAUGGUAAUCAACCACCGCAAUACAUCAAUGGUCAAUAUAGAACACCUUAUAGUGGUGCUAACCUAGUUCCAUACAAGGCUCAAACAACUAUGAAUUUGCUGGUCAUGGAGGAGAACUAUAAAGCCAAACAAAUCGAACGCCAACAGAAGAAUGAAUGGCUACGAUCUCUAUCAAUUUGUGGACUCAAAAAUCUUGGUUCAUCAUGUUACAUCAAUCUGACCAUACAAGUUUUGUUUUCAGUAAGCCGGAUUGUGACGCUAUUCUCAAAAAGGUCAAGUAAUACGACGCUAGCAAAAGCCAUGAGUCUUGCUAAGGGCCUGACAAAGUUAACAGAAGCUAUAGUGGGGCUUUUGAGCACUUUCCAAUCUCUGGGUGGGUCUGUGAUCUCCCCAACAAGAUUUAUGAGAAUAGUCUCUCUGCUAAAGCCAGACUUCAACAUCCCAUUUGAACAGCAAGAUGCUCAAGAGUUCCUUUUAUUCAUUAUAGAUAAGGUCCAUGAAGAAUUAGCUCGUGAACCGACUACAGGUAUGCUAGAAAUCGACUACGCCCACCGGUGGGGAGUCGACGUUACACCAAUGGAGAAGGAGGAAUAUUUGAAGUGGUAUCGUGCGCUCAUGAAGGCAGAAGGCGUUUCACCCAUGAAUGAUUUGUGUCAGGGGCACGUACGCAGUCAAUUGAUAUGCAAUGAUUGUCACUGUACGUCGAAUAGUUAUUCCUCCUUCUCGAUGCUAUCACUUCCAAUACCCAACACUGGCAUGCCUACGGUUGAUUUAGUGGAAUGUCUUAGAUACUACACGCAAGAUGAAGUGUUGAGUGGUGAGAAUGCUUGGAAAUGUCCCCGGUGUAAUAAGACCGAGGGGGGUGGUAAUCCUAUGGAUGUCGUAUUUCAGCAGAAGCGGUCAUUCAAUCCAUGGAAGAACAAGAGCCCUGCCAAAAAAUCAUCUAAAGCGCAAACAAAUGAGAAGCCUAAUGGUGGUCCAGUAUCCAUCAAGAAGUUGAGCAUCAUCAAGUUGCCACCCGUACUCUUCAUUCAUUUAUCACGAUUCUCAAUGUUCAGUGUCACUGACAAGCUCAACGCUGUGAUUCUGUAUCCUUUGAGGCUUAAAUUCAACCAUCAAACGAAUGAUGUGCAUUACAGCUUGACUGGAAUCAUCAACCAUUUCGGAACUCUUAAAAGCGGACAUUAUACAGCACUUGUGAACAAAUCAAAAGAUAGCUCAGAUAGGCUUGUACUUCCCGAAUGGUGCUACUUCGAUGAUGAAAAUUUUAGAGUGAACAUUGCACACGGAGACGUCACGUCCGAAAAGAAUAACCGAGUGCAUUCUUCGAACGUAUAUGUGUUAUGCUAUGAGCGACAAUGA